AUGUACAUUCUCAUUGGUCAGUACAGAAACAUCAGGUCAGUUACAUAUUCACUUUGUGACUUGAUCAACAUAGCUUCUAGAUAAUAAUGAAGGUCAUGUAUGCAUUGGGACAUCUUAUCUUCUUAGUUUUCCAUGAGCAGUGCAAAGAGGCUCAUACCUUUCCGAGAACAGUUAACUAGCACACGCAAGAACAUACUACUGUUUGAUGUGUUCGAAAAUAUAUUAGAGGGAGAAGCAUGUUUUAGCCAUGUAACAUAAAUACACAUAUAGUAAAACAGUUCCCAUCACCAUUGAAGCCGUGGAAUUGAAACACUGUACUCUGUGAGCCUGCUAAUGUUUGGGGAGAUGAGGGAGACUAGUGGAGCGGAGGACAUUUCCACUCUCAUUGAGGAGUUGACAGUGAUGCGAUUACAACUGGUGUCUGCAGGAGGGUUGCAAAGGGAGGAUACAUUACUGGAAACGUUCUAAGUUUACCAGUAAACUACCAGAAUUUCUUCAAAGAUUUUAUGUAAUCUAUCACAAGACAUCUAGUGACCCUUUUUGGUACUUCAGAUAAUCACAGGUGUCUGUAAUUAUCUCUGGUCCUCUGUGUAUCCGCCACUCCAAAAAAUAUGAUGUAAUUGUUGUUUUAUUUGUUUGUUUUAUUUAUUUUUUACAAACUAAUUUUCAGGAUGGUAAAACAUUGUAAACAUCAAACCACUAAAACCAGAUAUAAAGUAUGUAGAAAAUAUAAUGGAGCUAUAUAUUUGUAAAUAAGAUAUUCUUUGAGAUCUAACAACCACCAGAAUAAACACUAGACAGUCAGGGAGAAGCUAAUUUGUUUUACAAAAUGGCAUGGCAUGGCACGGCACAUUGAUUUAGUUAUGUUUGAGUCACUCAGAUAGCAUAAGAACAUGACAUAAGCCAUGGCAAAAUGUGUAGAAUUGCAAGAAACUAGCUUUAAAAAUAAAAUGUUCUCUCCAGCCCAUUGCAAAAUGUUUAGAAUAGUAGGACAUUCGCUUUAAAGUAACUGCCCAGUCAAAAUCUCACUUAAAACUUCAUAUUCUGUUAACUCAUACCCAAAUAAUGAUGUUGAUUUGUCCUAUACUUGAAUUUGUGUCCAAAGCUUCAAUUGGAGAAACAAAAGCCACCUCAAACUUUAAGAAAUGCUUGCUAUUUCCUCAUAGAGUAUGAUGUAAUACUCCUCGAGAUGAUGAGCUGGCCAAUCAGCGGUCUAGAGGAGGAUGAGCUGGCCAAUCAGUCUACUUGCAUGAAUAUGUUUAAUGCCCUGUAUACGCCCACACCAUUCUGUUGUUGGGGUACGCCUAGACCAGGGCCUAAAGUUAACACCCACCAAAAAUGGGUUGAUUUUUGCAUUGGUGGGUAAGCUGUCUAUUUCACUGGCCACGUUGGUGGGUGGUCAGGGCUCCACAGUGCGAGCAUUUCACUCGCAUUUGUGAAUAAAAAUAGUAAUGUAAAAUAAAUACUGCAGCAGCUGUUUUCAAAGUAUUUCUGCUGUUUUGUUUCAUAUCUGGUAAAUUCAUUGCAUAAAGUCAAAGAACUACGAAUCCUAUAGCCUAUCUCACCUAAUUUUUAGAAGUGCUGCGCGCAGGCAUAAAUAUUGGUCUAAUUUACUUGAAACGAAAGUCUUCUGAAGUGAGACUUUGUCCUUGUGUUUCUUUGCUAUUUACAUUGUUUUGUUCACAAGCUAGGUUGUUUUUCAAUGUUUUAGUUUCAACUGCUAGGGAAGAGAUGAAGACGCUGCUACUAGUCAGACUCUCACAAUUUCACAGGCACAAACAUGACUCAGUUGCGUUACCACGGUAACCUCCCGCCCUUAAAGGGGCAGGUGAAGGUUUUUGUCUCUCUGAUAUUUUGGUUGAAAGACUCAGGUCACAAAAAAUUAAAUGAAAUGAAGCAAUAUACCACAUUACUUGUUACUAGUAAUACAUGUAUUGUUUUAGAAACAUUACAAAGCAUGCUUGUCCGUUUUUGUCAGGGUUUUUGUGUGUGUAAUUUUGGCAAAGAUAUGUAUAUUUUUGAAUCUACCUGCCACAGUGGCUGGAAGACCAACAAAUUAGUUCUAGGCCCAGACCAUUCCAACACAGAAAAUAUGAUUUUUAACAUACUUAAUUACCAAUUUGUGGAAGGAAAACUAUUUCACUCAUAUUGUAAGACAUUAUAGGUCAUAUUUCAUAGAAAUCUGGCAACACUGAGCAGUUACAUUAAAACAUAAUUUUUUUGUCUCUGCGGCCAAGAGGAAGGCCUCAAAUUUUGGUGGGACACAUUAACAUGGACUCAGAACAUCCAAUUUCAUUGUUUCUCUAUGAAAUGUUUUAAUUUUGAGAGUGAAAAACCAAAACAAUCUAAAACCAGGAAAAAUAUAACUGAGAAAACAUAAUUUGAGAAAAUAUAAAACAUAAUUUUGGGAGACAAUCACAGGUUUUAUAGGGCCCCCCUUAGUUGUUUAUUAACCAUUAUUUUACCAGGUAUAUUGACAGAAAACAUAGUGCACUACUUUCUCUUGUACACUAAAGACCUGGGGAAGAGUUGCAGGUGAAAGGAGAAGAGAAGAAUGUGCCUAUUUGAAAGCUAGAAAAAAAAUGAGUAACUUUUCUGUUAAUUACCCAAAUUACUGAAGGUAAUUACCGGUAGCUUUACAACCCCAGUCUGCAGGUGUACCAGACAGACAGAUGGACAGAAAGACACUCUCUCAGCUUGUCUGGAGAGGAUCAGAGGAGGCCUUUCAAUGCACUAGAGACAGUAGCAGCACCUCACAGUAGCCCCCUAACCCUCAGCCUCAGCAGCUCUCUAAUAGACUCUAAGCUUCGUCCUUAACUCCAAACCCCUUUGGACUGUCCAUUACUAACCUCACAUAAAAUUGUGUCAGUGUGACUUAGAGUUUCCCUAAUAUCAACAGUCCAUGAAGUGAGACCCAAGUUCAAAAAAGUUUUACGGACUUCCUUUGGAUCUCCAGUCUAAAGUUCUACAGAGGAAGAUGUCUCUCAUGAAUAAACAUCUAACUUCGUAUUAUUUCAUUAUUAAUGCUAGCUCUCAGGUGGGACUGACGUGUGCUCUUCUUUAGCGUCUUUGUAUUGCUUCGCACACCACCUGGCACGCCACGCCACUCAGGCAUCCUUUGAAGGUGGAGGACUAAGAUAACAUUUUCUCCAGUCAGUCUCUUCCUCCUUUCUUCCUUCCUUUCUCUUCCCCUCCACUCUUCUCUUCCUCCCGGACUGCCAGAGAGUGUGCUGGCCGAUGAACCCUGCCACUGAAUCAGUGCUUUCCCUCUCAGUCCGACACUAUGAAAUAUUUCCUCAGAAUCCAUUUCCUUGGGCUUAUCUCCUCUCCGCACCCCCUCCCAUCUCAUUUUAUUAGUACCAUAAGCAAGAUAAAGGAUUCCCAAAUCAAAUGUUCAGUUUAACUUGACUUAACCUACCUAAAUUCAAUUAAAUGGGAAAUUGUUAGAGGAGUGUGUUUGGUUAGGGACACACGGCUGUGUGUGUGUGUGUGUGUGUGUGUGUGUGUGUGUGUGUGUGUGUGUGUUUGCGCAUGUUCGUGCGUGUGUGUGUGUGUCUGUGUCCAGCAUUAUCACACAUGGCACAGUGUCACUGAUGUUAUAUUCAUGUUUGUUAUCUGGCCAGAGCCAAACUAGGCUAUAUUUUAUUCAAGAUAAGCUUUCUCAAGAUAGCAUGUUCCUAGUGCAACAUGACUUGUUUUCAUUACCCUGGUAUGGAUCCUUCGGGGGGAUGAUCGUUGUGAAUUUGCCCUUCCAGAGAUGGAGACAAGAAGAGCAAUUUGAAAGACGUUGCCUUAUCAUUUCAACACAGGCAAAGCCAGUGUAAUGGCAUAUUUUGGGAGCUAGUGGCACAACACCAAUAAAAUCAUAGCAACAUUUUGAAAUUGUUGCAUGUUGCGUUAAUAUUUUUGUUCAGUAUAUUAUUUAUUUCCCCGGUUAGGAAUAUAGAGUCAAAUAUAAUCGAAGGCCGCUGCUGUGAGUAAUCUUUUUUUAUCCAUUCAAGCUAGUGGGGUGGUGAAAACCAGCACAGCAGGGGUAAUAGUUCAUCACCCCCACGGCCCACUCCUUAUCAAGCAAAUUGCUGCAUUGCUCUUUUUGUACAUUGACUGUACCUUGCUGUGCAUUGUGUAAUGUAAGCAUACAAUAGCAUACGGAACAGGUUGAUUUGUUUUUCUCCGAAGGUUAACCAUGAUUAUAUAUCUGGCAUUAAAUUGCAGUUGACUAAUUAUUUCAUGUGGUCAGAAUAACCUCAUUGGUAAUAUGCCUGUCUUUGGAGCCUACUUAUGUGUUCAAUACACUGAGUAUACAAAACAAAACAUGCUCUUUCCAUGACAUAGACUAACCAGGUGAAUACAGGUGAAAGCUAUGAUCCCUUAUUGAUGUCACUUGUUAAAUCCACUCCAAUCAGUGUAGAUGAAGGAGAGGACACAGGUUGAAUUUGAAGACAAAAUAUUUAAGUGCCUUUGAACGGGGUAUGGUAGUAGGUGCCAGGCGCACCAAUUUGUGUCAAGAACUGUAACGCUGCUGGGUUUUUCAGACUCAACAGUUUCCCGUGUGUAUCAAGAAUGGUCCACCACCCAAAGGACAUCCAGCCAACUUGACACAACUGUGGAAAGCAUUGGAGUCAACAUGGACCAGCAUCCCUGAGGAAUGCUUUCGACAGACACCUUGUAAAGUCCCUACCUUGACGAAUUAAGGCUGUUCUGAGGGCAAAAGUGGGGUGUAACUCAAUAUUAGGAAGGUGUUCCUAAUGUUUGGUAUACUCAAUGUGUACUCCAGGAGUAUAGCAACGUGGUCUGGUGUCACAUCAUUUUAAAUUCAACCAGUUGAAUAUGGCCUGAUUUAACAUGUCCAAUAAAACCAUUUAAUUUUUUUAUUUUUAGAUAAAUAAUCUUUGUACCCUAUCCUUUUUCAAAAGACGGCCCCCCAAAAAACUGGCUCAUCCUCAUCACUAGUCCCAUUUACCCCACCAAACCCAUAGCAGCAGUGCUGUCAGCAACAGUGCUGUCAGUAGCAUCCCUGCUUACGCCUGGCAGAUUGCUUAUUUAUUUCACCAAAUGACGUGAUGGACAGGUGCAGAGAAGUGGAGCGAAACAAAGCCAUUCGUUUUUGUAACAUAUGGAAUGUGCCGCAGACCACGUGUAACCACGGUAGCCCAGGACCUCCACAUCCAGCUUCUUCAACAAAACCGAAGAAUUUCUGCACAGACUAUCAGAAACCGUCUCAGGGAAGCUCAUCUGCGUGCUUGUCGUCCUUAUCAGGGUCUUGACCUGACUGCAGUUCGGCGUCGUAACCGACUUCAGUGGGUAAAUACUCACGUUCGAUGGCUACUGGCAUGCUGGAGAAGUGGGCUCUUCACGAAUGAAUCCCGGUUUCAACUGUACUGGGCAGAUGGCGUGCAUGGCGUCACGUGGGUGAGCGCUUUGCUGAUGUCAACGUUGUAAACAGAGUGCCCUAUGGUUGCGGUGGGGUUAUGGUAUGGGCAAGCAUAAGCUACGGACAACGAACACAAUUGCAUUUUAUCGAUGGCAAUUUCAAUGCACAUAGUACCGUGACGAGAUCCUGAGGCCCAUUGUUGUGCCAUUCAUCCGCCGCCAUCCCCUCAUGUUUCAGCAUUUCAUAAUGCACGGCCCCAUGUUGCAAGGAUCUGUACACAAUUCCUGAAAGCUGAAAAUGUCCCAGUUCCUUCAUGGCCUGCAUACUGACCAGACAUGUCACCCAUUGAGCAUGUUUGGGAUGCUCUGGAUCAACGUGUACGACAGCGUGUUCCAGUUCUCGACAAUAUCCAGCAACUGCACAGCCAUUGAAGAGGAGUGGGACAACAUUCCACAGGCCACAAUCAACAGCCUGAUCAACUCUAUGCGAAGGAGAUGUCGCGCUGCAUGAGGCAAAUGGUGGUCACACCAGAUACUGACUGGUUUUCUGAUCCACGCCCCUUCUUAUUCUUUUAAGGUAUCUGUGACCAACAGAUGCAUAUCUGUAUUCCUAGUCAUGUGAAAUCCAUAGAUUAGGGCCUAAUGAAUAUAUUUCAAUUGACUGAUUUCCUUAUAUGAACUUUGAAAUUGUUGCAUGUUGCGUUUUAUAUUUUUGUUCAGUGUAUAUAAAAAUCAAGUGUCUGCCUCCCGUAGAUGUAAUUCACUGUAAACGGUUUGAUCACAGGGCCCUGGUGUGCUGCUACUCUGUUUACUAUUUAUGGAUAGUCACUUUAACUCUACCCAAAUGUACAUAUAACCUCAAUUACCUCGACUAGCCGGUGCCCCCGCACAUUGACUCUGUACCGGUACCCCCCUGUAUAUAGCCUUCCCACUGCUAUUUUAUUUUACUGCUGCUCUUUAGCUAUUUGCUUUUAUUUUUUUUAUCAACACUUUUUUAUUCUACAUUUUUCUUUAAAAAACUGCAUUGUUGGUUAUGGGCUUGUAAGUAAGCAUUUCACUGUAAGGUCUACACCUGUUGUAUUCGGCGCAUGUGGCAAAUCAAAUUUGAUUUGAUUUGAUUUGCUCUCAUCAGUAGGUGGUGAUUCAGUAAGACCGGUUCUAUAUUGGUACCGUAGAGUAGACGUCAUGUCGUUAGCUGCACUUCAACGCUUUUCAAUGGAGCAUUUGUAUUCCGGGAACAGAGAGCAGGUCCAGCAAGGCCUGAUGUAUUAGCUCUCAUAAUAAAAAAUGAGUCUCCCUCCUCAGAGAAUAAUAGCUCCAUUUGAUGUAUCUUUUAGAAUUCCCCUUUUCCCUCUUAUAAAAUGGCAAGCAGGAAACUACUCUCUGAUCUAGUUGAACUUUUAGUUAAAGCGGAUGUCAUCACACAAAGUUAAAGCCAACUCUCUUUUUUUCCCUCCGUCUUGAUAUGAAAUAUGGCAGCUUUAGCAGAUGUACUCUUUGCGGUUCACUCUCAGGCUGUGCAAUCAAUCCCGAGAAUCUGGGGAAAGUGGUUUGAUUAAUAAGCCUAGAUUCCGAGUGGCCCAAUUAGAGAAGCCAUUGAGGUUUUUCACACUGACACACAGGAGCACCGCUUCAUCUAGUGUUGGCCGUCCCUCAAAUAUGAAUUACAGCAGCCGUUUUUAGCUCUGGCCUGAUGAAACCAGGAUAGCCUGAAGUUGAUAGUUGAUGGUGAGAGGAUUGGUGCCACUGGGCCAAAGGGAGGGGUUCAGAGAUUACGUCAGACUCGGAUGUAUGUAAGCUAUUACACAUUACCUGUAAUUGGAUUGGCAGACGUGGUUGUUUUGGAAAACAUCUCCAUUAAAGGAUCACGUUCAUACUUGUGCAACACGAUAAGCAACAUUAACCUUAAUCUUAACCUUAUCUGAGUAUCCCCAAAACAAAAUGCCUCCUGAGGGGCUGGGGGGGGGGGGGGGGCUGCUGCAGCCCCUGUGAAAGAGCCACUGGAGUAGCUGUCUAGUCCUGACGGAGACCCUCCCUCUGUGCUAGAUCUCCAGCAGCAAGGCGCUCUCCCAGGACACUACUCUAGGGCACUACCAGACGAACUCCUGGCGCUAGUCUCCUACAAUGAUCCCCAAAUACCCCACCCGGCCUCCUCAGCCCCCCAGGACAUGGAAGGCUGGCGUGAUUUAAGGAAUUUAAUUAAGCCCUUAACUGCGGAUCUAUAGCUCCCCUUUCGCCCUGUGCGAGGAAGAGUAAGAGAUAUGGAGAGGAGAUCAGGUUUAGAACUAAGAGCUAACAACAGGAAGCAGUAAGCCAAAGCUCCAGUAUCCUUUCUGUGUGCACGCUGCCCAGAUACAAAAGCAUUGGCAUCUAACUGGAGUGAAGUGGAGUGUAUCACAGAGCUACUGUUAGUUCAUUGUCCAGCAGGCUGUUUGUGUUCUCUCAAGGUCCUGUCAGCCACUACGUCAUGUACUCAGAGCUGCACAUUUGUUAGUGCCAGCCUGCGUCUCUCUUUCUUUCCCAUAAGAGGAAUGGGUAAAUGCCACUGAACUGGACUGUAGCCUACCCAGUGGGAGAGGAAGAUGGAUAGUUUAGUUGUUUCAAGAGAGAGGGGUAGUAGAGGUCCCUCCCUGUAAUGUAAAUGUGGCAUUUGAACCCCACUCAUCCUCAACCCUGUCCCUUUAGGUUUAGCCGUGUGCUUGUUUUGGGCUCCCCUGUGCUCCCUGUUGUGAUUCUUCCUGGGGAUUUAGCUCUCAUCAGAGGGCUUAGGAAGGGAUUUGACACAUAGACCACGGAUGGAUGGUAAUAUGUUCAUAUGUCUGCCGUGAGGGGAAGGAGGGAGACAGUCAGGGAUAUAUAAGGAGGGAGAGAGACCAACAGAGAGGGAGAGAGGGAGGGAGAGAGACCAACAGAGAGGGAGACCAACCGAGAGAGCGGGAGGGAGGCAGACCAACAGAGACUGAGAGGGCGGGAGAGAGACCAACAGAGACUGAGUGGGAGGGAGAGAGCGAGGGAGACGGCAACUAAGGGAGGAAGGAAGAAAGAGAGACCAACUGAGGGAGGGCACAGUGCAGUCCAGAUUAAAUUAAAAAAGUUCAGGUUAAAUGCAGCUCUUAAGGUGUCCGCAUGCUUCCCAGCCGACACAGUUCGGAAGAGUUUGUGCAUAUAUUAUGAUGACAUUUUGAAGUUUUUGUUCGUAAGGGUUUUUUCGGCUGUUCGGGAACACUUGAGGCAGGCCGAAGUUUACGCCCCAUCAUCGGUGAUUGGUCAGUAGUAGGGAUUCUUCAGUAAAGUACAGUGCAUUCGGAAAGUAUUCAGACCCCUUGACUUUAACACAUUUUGUUACAUUACAGCCUUAUUCUAAAAUUGAUUAAAUACAUGUUUUUUCUCAUCAAUACACAAUACCCCAUAAUGACAAAGCAAUUUUUGCAAAUGUAUUGAAAAUAAAAACCAGAUACCUUAUUUACAUAAGUAUUCAGACCCUUUGCUAUGAGACUCUAAAUUGAGCUCAGGUGCAUCCUGUUUCCAUUGAUCAUCCUUGAGAUGUUUCUACAAUUUGAUUGGAGUCAACCUGUGGUCAAUUCAAUUGAUUGGGCAUGAUUUGGAAAGGCACACACCUGUCUAUAUAAGGUCCCCCAGUUGACGGUGCAUGUCAUAUUAAAAACCAAGCCAUGAGGUCGAAGGAAUUGUCCGUAGAGCUCCGAGACAGGAUUGUGUCGAGGCACAGAUCUGGGGAAGGGUACCCAAACAAUUCUGCAGCAUUUAAGGUCCCCAAGAACACAAUUGCCUCCAUCAUUUUUAAAUGGAAGAAGUUUGGAACCACCAAGACUCUUCCUAGAGCUGGCUGCCCGUCCAAACUGAGCAAUCGGGGGAGAAGGGCCUUGGUCAGGGAGGUGACCAAGAACCUGAUGGUCACUCUGACAGAGCUCCAGUUCCUCUGUGGAGAUGGGAGAACCAUCUCUGCAGCACUCCACCAAUCAGGUCUUUAUGGUAGAGUGGCCAGACUGAAGCCACUCCUCUGUAAAAGGCACAUGACAGCCCGCUUGGAGUUUGCCAAAAGGCACCUAAAGGACUCUCAGACCAUGAUAAACAAGAUUCUCUGGUCUGUUGAAACCAAGAUGGAACUCUUUGGCCUGAAUGCCAAGCAUCACGUCUGGAGGAAACCUGGAACCAUAUCUACGGUGAAGCAUGGUGGUGGCAGCAUCAUGCUGUGGGGAUGUUUUUCAGCGGCAGGGACUGGGAGACUAGUCAGGAUCGAGGGAAAGAUGAACGGAGCAAAGUACAGAGAGAUCCUUGAUGAAAACCUGCUCCAGAGCGCUCAGGACCUCAGACUGGGGCGAAGGUUCACCUUCCAACAGCCAAGAAACACAGGAGUGGCUUCGGGACAAGUCUCUGAAUGUCCUUGAAUGGCCCAGCCAGUGUCCGGACAUGAACCCGAUCUAACGUCUCUGGAGAGACCUGAAAAUAGCUGUGUACCGACGCUCCCCAUCCAACCUGACAGAGCUUGAGAGGAUCUGCAGAGAAGAAUGGGAAGCUUGUAGCGUCAUACCCAAGAACACUUGAGGCUGUAAUUGCUGCCAAAGGUGCUUCAACAAAGUACUGAGUAAAGGGUCUGAAUACUUAGGUAAGUGUAAUAUUUCAGUUUUUUAUUUUUAAUACAUUUGCAAACAUUUAUAAAAACAGUUUUUGCUUUACCAUUAUGGGGUAUUGUUUGUUGAUUGAUAAGGGAAAAAAACGAUUAAGUCCAUUUUAGAAUAAGGCUGUAACGUAACAAAAUGGGGAAAAAGUCAAGGGGUCUGAAUGCUUUCCAAAUGCAUUCAACGAGAGAUGACUCGUUUUCAUGCAAAAUAAAUUAUUGAGAAAUACUGCACGUAACAUCUUAGUUAGAUGUAAAGUUGCCCGACUAAGAUCUCCUCCGCAAAAACAUCAAAAUCAAUGACACAUUUCUUGAGUUCUCUUUAAUUCUGACUAUUUUGAGGAGUCUGGCUACGGAGUCUCAAAAUGGACAAAGUACUAUGGCGCUUUUUUCUAGUUUGUCAAGCGAAUGUUUUUUAAUGGAGUAUGCGAGAACACUAGUUUGGUUUGGCUAGCCGAGUUCGGGUAGGCGCCAGCCGAACUGAAGCGUGCGGACGCCUUUAGAGUCUGGAGAGAGAGGACAUGGCAGUGCUGGGCCACAAUACAGCCCUACUGUACUGUAUUGUAAUGGACCAUUAUAGAGAUGAAGGAGAGAUUGCAGGUCUGUCUGCAUCCACCUCCCUCAACCUCCUGGCUGGCUGCAGCAGGUACACUGCUGACACUAUUGUCAACUGAUUCUCCUCAGCUCACACACACUUGACAAAUAACACACACCGUCACACAACUCACCGUCACACACGUGCAUAUAUCAACUCCAUCCCAGGCUGUGGCAAUCUGAUUAAGUCUCUGGUAAUGGAUCUGGGCACAAACAAUCAUAAACACCAAUUAGAUCUGACCCAGGAACAGACGCUUUCUCUCCCUUUCCUUUCCUCCCAGAUAUUUGUGUGAUUUUCCAGAAUUUGUGUAACAUGAUUUAAUCAGCUGUGUAAUGAAAAACAAAUUGUUUUGGCACAGCAUGCGGUUGAGGAGGGAGAUUAUUACUAUGCACAUCCAUCUUUAAAAAGGUUGAGCAGUGUGCUCCUGGCUGAUUCUCCCUCUCCUCUCCCUCUCUUUAUCUCUUCCCAUCUUCCUCUCUUCCCUUCCCUAUGGCCAAUGCCACGGGAGCUGAUAGAAGAAGGCUCACGUUCCAAGGCCCUGUGUGUUUGUGCGUGCACGUUCAUGUGUGCCUGCAUGCAUGAGCCAAGCAGUGGGGCAGGCCCUGGAUCAUUAGUGAUAGUGGCAGAUAAUUUCAGCGAUAGGAAUGAUGACAUUGGUGGCAACACUAAGACCUUAUGAACACACGUUGUCAUCGACUGGAUGCCUCUGCAUUAAUGCUGCUCAGGGGGUUUCUUUAAUUAAUUCAGAGCUAUAGGCUGUUGGGCUUUGUCAGCCCUUUUUUUAAAUACGGACCUGGAAAACAGCUUCAACCCAAUUCUUGGCACAGAGAAAGGUCAAAUUAGUUAUACUAAUGUUUAUAAACAAGUUUGCUUUCCUAAUGAAGUCAAGGGGAUGCCAGUUCAAUUUGGGAGUCUGGGUAAAAUACAAUUUACAUAGAGCGUGUGCGCGCACACACACACACACACACACACACACACACACACACACACACAGGGAUAUGUUUUUGGCACUUACCCUUUGGUCCCUCCAGCCCAGCUGUAUUAGCCAGAUUGAUUCAUGCAGUGUUAAUGACAGAAAUCUCCCAGUGCUCUGUCUCUCACACAAAAGCUUGAAUAACAAAAGUGACACUAGUCAUUAUUUGGGAAGUCAAUGAUUAUGCACCAUUUAGCAGACUGAAAUGUGUUAGGCCUAAUAGACACACUGGCCCGAUCAGGGCGACUCGGGAAGUAAAGUUACACGGGGAGCAGUGUAAUAGAAAGAAUUCAGAAUGGCAGCUCUGCCCCGGGCCUGCUGUUUAAAAACUAUCAGGCAGCCCGGAUACACACUGUGGUGGAUAUUUUAAUGUCACACACUGUGGACAGAUAGUAUCAGAGGAGUAAUGUGUGGUUUUGUAGAGUUAAGUUCAUUUGGUAUGAAGUUAAAACAGAUGAGUACUAUAUCUAAAGUCACAUUCAUAAGACGGGAGAACGGUUUUGACCCCACUGAUGUGUGUAGGGUUGACGUAAGUUGGAGCCAUGAGCUCUAGGGAAUGUUUGUGUGGUGGGGUUUUGACUGAGGUACAGUGAGGGAAAAAAUUAUUUGAUCCCCUGCUGAUUUUGUACGUUUGCCCACUGACAAAGAAAUGAUCAGUCUAUAAUUUUAAUGGUAGGUUUAUUUGAACAGUGAGACAGAAUAACAACAAAAAAAUCCAGAAAAACGCAUGUCAAAAAUGUUAUGAAUUGAUUUGCAUUUUAAUGAGGGAAAUAAGUAUUUGACCCCUCUGCAAAACAUGACUUAGUACUUGGUGGCAAAACCCUUGUUGGCAAUCACAGAGGUCAGACGUUUCUUGUAGUUGGCCACCAGGUUUGCACACAUCUCAGGAGGGAUUUUGUCCCACUCCUCUUUGCAGAUCUUCUCCAAGUCAUUAAGGUUUCGAGGCUGACGUUUGGCAACUCGAACCUUCAGCUCCCUCCACAGAUUUUCUAUGGGAUUAAGGUCUGGAGACUGGCUAGGCCAAUCCAGGACCUUAAUGUGCUUCUUCUUGAGCCACUCCUUUGUUGCCUUGGCCGUGUGUUUUGGGUCAUUGUCAUGCUGGAAUACCCAUCCACGACCCAUUUUCAAUGCCCUGGCUGAGGGAAGGAGGUUUUCACCCAAGAUUUGACGGUACAUGGCCCCGUCCAUCGUCCCUUUGAUGCGGUGAAGUUGUUCUGCCCCUUAGCAUAAAAACACCCCCAAAGCAUAAUGUUUCCACCUCCAUGUUUGACGGUGGGGAUGGUGUUCUUGGGGUCAUAGGCAGCAUUCCUCCUCCUCCAAACACGGCGAGUUGAGUUGAUGGCAAAGAGCUCGAUUUUGGUCUCAUCUGACCACAACACUUUCACCCAGUUCUCCUCUGAAUCAUUCAGAUGUUCAUUGGCAAACUUCAGACGGGCCUGUAUAUGUGCUUUCUUGAGCAGGGGGACCUUGCGGGCUCUGCAGGAUUUCAGUCCUUCACGGCGUAGUGUGUUACCAAUUGUUUUCUUGUUGACUAUGGUCCCAGCUGCAUUGAGAUCAUUGACAAGAUCCUCCCGUGUAGUUCUGGGCUGAUUCCUCACCGUUCUCAUGAUCAUUACAACUCCACGAGGUGAGAUCUUGCAUGGAGCCCCAGGCCGAGGGAGAUUGACAGUUCUUUUGUGUUUCUUCCAUUUGCAAAUAAUCGCACCAACUGUUGUCACCUUCUCACCAAGCUGCUUGGUGAUGGUCUUGUAGCCCAUUCCAGCCUUGUGUAGGUCUACAAUCUUGUCCCUGACAUCCUUGGAGAGCUCUUUGGUCUUGGCCAUGGUGGACAGUUUGGAAUCUGAUUGAUUGAUUGCUUCUGUGGACAGGUGUCUUUUAUACAGGUAACAAACUGAGAUUAGGAGCACUCCCUUUAAGAGUGUGCUCCUAAUCUCAGCUCGUUACCUGUAUAAAAGACACCUGGGAGCCAGAAAUCUUUCUGAUUGAGAGGGGUUAAAAUACUUAUUUCCCUCAUUAAAAUGCAAAUCAAUUUAUAACAUUUUUGACAUGCGUUUUUCUGGAUUUUUUUGUUGUUAUUCUGUCUCUCACUGUUCAAAUAAACCUACCAUUAAAACUAUAGACUGAUCAUUUCUUUGUCAGUGGGCAAACGUACAAAAUCAGCAGGGGAUCAAAUACUUUUUUCCUUCACUGUAAAUGUUUUGAAUGAGUAAAUGCUUGAUGUUCUCUUCCUCUGCAGUGAUGUUUGGAGGACCUGAGGUUUCGUAGAACUGUGUUUGGUGUUCUAUGCUGUAACGGUGUUUGGAGUAAGUGACUUAAUUAACUGUGUUGUCUUGUUGUCUCUGCAGUGGCAUCGGGAGGAACUGGCCGUGGGCGUCUGGAGGCAGCAGCAUCCUGGCGGAGUACGGCACCCUGCACCUGGAGUUCAUGCACCUCUCCAAGCUGUCAGGGAACCCAGCCUUCGCAGAGAAGGUGAAAGCUAGGGAGCCACAGCACAUUCCAUUCCAGUGCAUUAACACCAAGUGUAACUGAGCACUCAGCCAGCCUGAUGAUGGGGUUAUUCAUAGCUGCGACCUUCAUUACUAUUCAUGUUAACGCCUGUUCCGCAGGUAAAUGGCUUCUUUCGCUCUGAGCCAUCGGCCUCUUUCUCUCUUAUGCCUCCCUUAACUGCCGUCCCUGCAGAAAGGCCAUUUAAAGUGCAUUACUGUGCCGUGCUGCUGAAAGAUUAGGCGGCAAUGAGGUAUUUGCAGGGAGAAAGUAGAAACUAAUUUCCUACUCCUCCUCCUAGGUCAUGAACAUCCGGAAGGUUCUGAAUCGACUGGAUAAGCCCCAGGGACUGUACCCCAACUACCUGAACCCUAACAGCGGACAGUGGGGUCAACGUAAGUCCCCCUCUCAUCCCUCUCUCAUCUCACCCCUCUCUGCACGUACCAUCUCUCACCCCUCCUGUCUCAUUCCUAUCUCCCCUCUCACCAUUUUCUCCACACUCUCUUUCCUAUUUCUUAUCUCUCUUCCAUCUCAUCCCUCCCUCCCAUCUCCUCCCUCUUCAUCACUCUUUAACCAUCUCUCUCUCCUGUCUUCCAUCUUGCCCAUCCUUCUCUCUUUUCACCACUCUCAUCCCUCUCUUCCAUAUCACCCCUUUCCAUUUCCAUUAGUGGUUCACCUGUGGCUGUCAACCGCUGUUCCACAGCCUGUAAUUAUCAAGGUAUUUACAGCUGGGAGAGCCACAUCAGUUCAAUGUGAGCACUUCUGAUUGAGUGGGCUGUGCAUUAGGAGAUUAUGUAACUUAAUGCUGCUCAGGGGGUGAGGGACAUCAGGGAGAAAUAAGUAUCUGUGGCUAAUGACAGUACUUAAACAUGGUGAAUACUGCCAUUAAAGUUAAUUAGUCCUCCUCUAUCGCUACAGUUCUGUCCUGAUACCUCCACACAAUAAGUCACUCUCACACUCAAACUCUCCUGCUCCUUUGACUGGUUAUGGGCUUCAUGCCACUCAAGGCACCCCAACAGUUCAGUACCCCCAUCCCUGGUAUGGAGCAACUGCUACUGUGACAUUACCCAGCUCCAGCCAGGCCACCUCUUGACAAAACUAUCUUCAGCCCCAAGAAUUGCCUGGUCGCUAAUCUAGGGCACAGUGAGUGGGAUGGAGUAACCCUGCAGUGUGUCCGUGCUCAGACAGCCCUGUGCCCAGCAGACAGCAGCUUCCAUGGAUCCCCUCUCUAAUGUGUUUGUCUCUGAGCUGCACAAAAUGUUAAUGAGAUGCACAGACCAAAUCAGACCAGACCAGUCCCUAGCACAGCCAUACGCUGCUGGCUGUAGCAUCCUGAUGGGCCCACUGCAAUCUCUAUCACACACACUCAUUUGAAUGCAUAUCUUAGCCAUGUUGUUUGUUUUGCUAUUCUGUGCGAUACCUCCCCCCUCUCCACUGUGUGUUUGUGUGUGUGACCCUCUGUAAUUGAAUGACCCCUCUACGCCCUCGCUGAAAUGUCACGUCUGAUGAAUACCCAUACUAACUGUCUCUGUGUUUGUCUCUGCUGUAGUCCUGGUCAGGGGGUCAGAGAGGGUUCAGCGCUAAUGACUGACCGCUGUGCGUCCAGCCCCUGGGUCAAACUGGGUGGAGAGAUCAAUGGGAGGGGAGGAAGUCGUCCUUAUUGUUUCUCAUUCUCUCUGACAACUUGAUCCAUCCCACAGGGAUUUUUUGUAUAGUUUGCAGCUCCAUAAUUUAGUGGAGCAUAGGUGGUGUUGACAUCAGGUCACCCAGCAGAGUGAUGUAGUGACCCAGGCCAGGGUGGAGAGGAGUAGGUUGGGGGUACUGUCAGAGUCCUGUGUCUCUCUGGAUGACUCUACAUCUUUGAGUCUUUGAAAAGCACUAUUUAAUUCCCAUGUAGUAGUAUUAUUAUAAUUAUCAUUACAAGUAGCUAUUCUGAUGGGAGCCAGCCAGGUGGGGGAGAGAGAAUGGCUGACUGACUAAGGGAAGGUAGUUGUACCACACCAGUAAUGCCAAACCAAGCCUUUCUCAAACAUAGAGAACAUUCCAAGACAAACAUUGCUAAAGGCACCUCUAAAUGUUUAUAUUUUUUAAGUGAUUAAUGUGGUCUACAUGGUCAGUGUUAGCUGGAAUAAUUUCCAAGUAGAAGAAAAACAACUCAAUUGACAAAUAGCCUGACGUAUAGGAAUGGUAAUGUUGGAUGUGAUUUAAAAAAUGGAAAGCAAUUUUUCAGGUUCACACCAGAACCAUUUGCCACCUGAGGAUAUUUUACAUAAAGGUCACUUGUGAUCUGUGUUUACUGGUAGAGUAGACCUGAGGGUGAUGUCAUAGAAAUGGUCUUUCCAUUCUCAGUGUCUGUGUUUCUCUGUCAUAGUAUAGACGGCCUAUCAAAGCUCUGGGGAUGCUGUUGUAGUUGAUGUUUCAAUAUAAACCAUCAGUACGUGUCCCUUAGUGCCACGUAUCUGACAGUCACGUCUUCUUGUAUGUGUGGAGCUGCCUAUGACAUGGUCUACAGACAUAAUGGACAUCUUAUCCCUUCAAUGACAUGUAUGGCCCACAGUCAUGACGGACAUACUAUCACACCAAUGGCAUGGCCCACAGACAUGACGGACAUCGUAUCAAACCAAUGACGUAGCCCACAGUCAUGACGGACAUCGUAUCACACCAAUGACAUGGCCCACAGACAUGACGGUCAUCCUAUCACACCAAUGACAUGGCCGACAGUCAUUCCCUUAGGGAGUGAACGUUAUUUAUAUUGAGGGAUACCGGAGAUAAUCAGACCUCUUUAAAAUGAAAAUGGAUGGCCCUCCCCCUGAGGAAAAUAUAUUUCUACCUGGCCCUCACUGAGCAUUUGAAAAAAAACGUUACCCUCCUACACCUCCAAAAUGAUCAUUAAAACCAAAUAGCAGGGACUAUUAAAUCCCUUUUUUAGUAGGUUAUCAAUGUUGCAGUUGUGAUUUCUAUCAAAUCAGUGGUUGAAAACGACUGCUGUAUUCACACCAUAUUCAUGUUAUCCGCUAAAGGGAGGAAUUUACCAAUUUAAGAGUUAAGGGCUGCCCACACCAAGGACUAUAACUAACUACAUUGGCGAGCAUCCACACUAGAGGAAAGUUUAUCGUUCUACAGUAUCCUACCCCUAUCAAUCAACUGAUCAAAGCAUCCUACUGAACGCUGUAGGCCUACUCAUAAGGUGGUAACACAGACCAUUCAAUGCUUCAGGGUGUGUUCAUUGUCAUAGUGACAACUGCAAAUAACACAUCAAUGUAGGCUACAUGUAGCCUAAUGAAAAGUAUAAUAUAGAAACUCAUAUUUAAAUUAAAUGUAGAUAUUCAAAAAUAAACGCUGUUUAGCCUGCGCUUCUUUUAAAUCAUGUCAUUGCUUGCUUUGUUGCUGAAGUGGUUAAAAAGUGAUUUCCAUUUUUCUAAUGGAUGUCAAUUUGUUUGGAUCUUUUUUUUCACUGUGCUCAUCACUGUCUGUCCUGUGCAACCAUUUAAUACAUCAGUGCAACAAUGUUAUCAUCACUGGCCAGUGAUGCACUCUCUCUCUGCAACUUUCCCAACAUGUAUUUUCUAUGCUGUAGGCAUAGACGAUGGCAUUCAGCAAUUAGCAAGAGCAAACCUGCUUCUCUCCACGAAAAGCUUUUUAGGUCUAGUGUAAAAAUACAUCUCAUAUAGAUUUUGUAGCCUGUCCUGGGAUUUCACAAGAAGAGGAAUAGUGGAGAGUCUUGCAUCCAUAGCCUAUAGCCUAUUGCACACAGGAAUAGCUGGAAGAGAGAGGCUAGAGUUGUGUAGCCAAAGAAACUAAAUAUUAGCUAGAUACACUACAUAACCAAAAGUAUGUGGACAACUUCUCGUCGAACAUCACAUGUGCAUUAAUAUGGAGUUGGUCUCCCCUUUGCUGCUAUAACAGCCUCCACUCUUCUGGGAAGGCUUUCCACUAGAUGUUGGAACAUUGCUGCGGGGACUUGCUUCCAUUCAGCCACGAGCAUUAGUGAGGUCAGGCACUGAUGUUGGGCAGUUAGGCCUGGCUCGCAGUCGGCGUUCCAAUUCAUCCCAAAGGUGUUCGAUGGGGUUGAGGUCAGGGCUCUGUACAGGCCAGUCAAGUUCUUCCACACUGAUCUCGACACACCAUUUCUGUAUGGACCUUGCUUUGUGCACGGGGGCAUUGUCAUGCUGAAACAGGAAAGGGCCUUCCCCAAACUGUUGCCACAAAGUUGGAAUCAAAGAAUCGUCUAGAAUGUCAUUGUAUGCUGUAGCAUUAAUAUUUCCCUUCACUGGAACUAAGGAGCCUAGCCCGAACCAUGAAAACAGCCCCAGACCAUUAUUCCUCCUCCACCAAACUUUACAGUUGGCACUAUGCAUUGGGGCAGGUAGCAUUCUCCUGGCAUUGGCCAAACACAGAUUUGUCCGUCGGACUGCCAGAUGGUGAAGAGUGAUUCAUCACUUCAGAGAACGUGCUUCCACUGCUCCAGUGUCCAAUGGCGGCGAGAUUUACAUCACUCCAGCUGACGCUUGGCAUUGCGCAUGGUGAUCUUAGGCUUGUGUGUGGCUGCUCAGCCAUGGAACCCAUUUCAUGAUGCUCCAGACGAACAGUUCUUGUGCUGACAUUGCUUCCUGAGGCAGUUUGGAACUCGGUAGUGAGUGUUGCAACCGAGGACAGACGAUUUUUACGCGCUUCAGCACUCGGCGGUCCCGUUCUGUGAGCUUGUGUGGCCUAUCACUUCGCGGCUGCGCCGUUGUUGCUCCUAGACGUUUUCACUUCACAAUAACAGCACUUACAGUUGACCGGGGCAGCUCAUUCGAAGGGGUGUUCACAUACUUUUGUGUAUAUAUAGUGUAAGUGUACAACAAGAGCUAAAGAGGAAUUAUUAGGUGUAAUACUUCAGUGAAUAGCCUAGCCUAUAGACCUACCCAAUAUUCAUUACACAGUGAAAUAUUUUGAUACAAAUCAGAUUUAUAUGAAAUGACAGGCAGCCUAGGAUAAACAUAUUGCUCAAAAAAGGAGAACAACUUGUAGGAAUAAAGAUAGACCAGCCAUCCACUUGGACUGUUAUCCUCCCCAUUCGGUAGCAGCUCCUCCAACACACGAUUGAAUCCAUUCAUUUUUUUCCGCAUUGAAGAACCAUCUCCUUUUGACUCCAAAAUUACAUGGAACUUUUCUAGACUCUAUUCAGUGAACAGCGACUGCAAGAAACCCUUAAAUUAUUGUGAAAAUAACGUUUCACGAGCUGUGGUCCUUAAGUAUGUGUGUGACGCCAUGCUUGUUGUUUUUUGGUGCUUUCAAGAGAACUGGGAACUCGAAGAAAAAAAACCCCAGGUCAAAUCAUGACUUCAGUGAUCUUCAAAUCGGAGCUUUAGAAAGAUGCGAGAGUUGGAUGAACGUUCAAAACGAUUUUCCCAGUCGGAGUUUGUUUGUUUACCCAAGUUCUUACACACUGAUGUCAGAAGUCUGAGAUUUCAGAGUUCCCAGUUGUUUUGAAUGCAUCAUUUCUGAUGCGCACUAGCUCCCUACAGUAUGUCAUCACAACAAGCGCUAUUUUAUUUGUGUGUGUGUGUGUGUGUGUGUGUGUGUGUGUGUGUGUGUGUGUGUGUGUGUGUGUGUGUGUGUGUGUGUGUGUGUGUGUGUGUGUGUGUGUGUGUGUGUGUGUGUGUGUGUGUGUGUGUGUGUGUCUGUGUCUGUGUCUGUGUCUGUCUGUGUGUGUGUGAGAGAGACCAAAGUCGAAUUCAGUAAGUAAAUUCCAAAAUGCUGACAUUUUAAUUCAUUACAAAUUACAUGACCCUCCCCUGGAUUAAAUACUAAACCCUCCCCCUGACUGAAAUUUAAAAAAAACAUGACCCUCCACCAUUUUCAUCCAGGUAAUAAUUGCGUAAAUCUUUCGACCGGUCAGUUAGCGGAGUUGCAAACAACCAGAUGCAUCCAGUUUUCAGGGAUACAGCUAUCUUCAACCUAGAUUCCUUUUCUGCCGAAAACCUGGUGUGGGAACUCCGCUCUUGCAUUUCUUUUACGCCUGCUAUGUUAGAUUAAGGACAUCCUAUCAGAUCUCCAGUCCAAUCAGACUGCAGGGCUGCAAGACAGUGUGAUGUCUGAGUCCUCAGUUCGUAGGCAGUUAAUUUGUCCCUGGAUCGGUGUGAUAACACCAAGUCACCUAGAGAAAGCCACCAUCAUGUCUCUCCUAGCAACCUCAAUCAGACACACACACAAACACAAACACACACAAUCACCCUGUUAUCCAGGUCCAGAACCUGGAUAACUUGUAUAUUUGAUGUGAGUGUGUGUUGUCAAUCAGAUAGAUCCAUGAUCAGAUCGUUGACCUUGUAUUCCAUCUCUGACCUGCUGUUAACCCUGUGGUAUUGAGUCAGACAUGCCAAUGCGACCCCAGUCAGCAAGGAAAUACAGCCCUUAUCAGGGCAAGGCCACGAUCCACUACAGCCUCCCCCUGGAGCUCUGUCCUGUCCCCUUUAUUACUGCUGACGUCUAAUCUAUAUCUCCCAAACAAGGCUGUGGCUGUUAAUGACAUAUACAUAUGUAUGAGGGGGCAUGACAAUCAAUAUGAUGAACAGCAGCUUGGCUUGACUGGGGCUCUCUCCCAGACCCUGGAGACUCAUUCCUCACAGAGAGUGAAGUGGACAGGAGAGCACAUCACCCGGCACAACACAGAGCACAGCCCCACACCUCACUGACUGUCACAGGGACCGUCUCUCUUUUUACCCCGCUAUGGUAUCGCUGCUGCAUCCUGCACAGCUCAGUCGGUACACACACAUACACGCAGACAGUGACCGGGGACAUGCCGGGGGUAGCUGAUAAACUCAUCAGAGUGCCAAUCUCCCCCUUGCAGACAUCUUCCAUACAUCAGCUAUCAAAGGAGACUAAUCCCAUUACUUCUGUAGCUUGGUUGGACUCUGUUUGAAAUGGCAUCCCCGUCCCCUCGGCCAGGCCUAUGCCAGACACGUCCCUUUGUCACUGAGGUUCUGAAACUGAGCAGGUAUUAAGGGGCCAUCUUCCUGUGUAAACAGCCUCGGGUGCUGAGAUUAUGGCCAUCAUCAUUGGGCCAUACAUCAUCCUGAGGUGAGGCAGGCCACGGAGGGAAGGAGGAGGGAGGGCUGCUGCUGGCAAGAUGAGAUAGGUAAAUUAUCCUGGCUCCAGCAUGAUGCUCAAAUCUGUUGUGUUGUCUCUGUCCUGUAGAUCACGUGUCAGUGGGCGGCCUGGGAGACAGCUUCUAUGAGUACCUGCUCAAGGCCUGGCUGAUGUCAGACAAGACGGACGAGGAGGGCAAGAAGCUCUACUACGACGCUCUGCAGGUAAACCUUCAAGAGACCUUACCUAGCCUACACACCUCUCUUCUCUUCUCUCCCAUCCUCUCCUUUCCUUUCCUCUCCUCUCCCCCACUCCCAUCCCAUCCUCUCCUUCCCACUCCCCUCUGCUCCUCUUCUCUACUCUCGUCUCGUCUCCUCAUCCUUUCUCCUCUCCUACUGAGAUUUAAUGGCUACAGUUCCAGCACAUUCUGAAGCGCUGACUAAACCUUUUCAGAGGCUGUUUUGACCUCCAUUGAAAGCGUGAAAACAACAGUUACAUUUCUUAAAUGACUGUGAACAGUCAGUCAGAAAUCAGUACCAGUUGUGUGGGUUGCUAUGUGAAACCAAGACAUGCUACGCCAGGCAGGGGUUAUCUCUGAGUGUGAUGUACUAACUGCACUCCACAGGAGCUGGAGGAGGUGGGGAUGGAGGAGGCUGUCAGUGAAUGGGGGUUAGCCAGACUCAGAGCUCUGUCUGGUGAGAUGGGCUCUGACUGCUGCCAGCCAAAUACUCUGUUUCAUUAGAGCCAAUCCUCCUGUCUUGUUGGAGAUAAUAACGUUCUUCUCCGUACGGAGGUCCACAAGGACCCAGACUGCUCCAGGAUAUUACCCUCCCUCCUCCAUUCCCCUCCCAGCCAGCCUCGUUUCCCCACCACACCUGCCUACCUAUCCGCCUGUCUGCCGUCCACCUGGGCGAGACACCACAAGCAGGUCACCCACAGCGAGAGGGUCCCCAUUGCCACGUCAAGCCAUCCUCCAUUUGGGUCAGACAGCCUGAGAGGUAUGCUGAGAGGCAGCUGGUUAGGAACAGACUCUGUUCUCUUAUUAAUGGUUCCUUGGCAUCCUCGCCUCAGUGCCGGCCCAGCCUACAUGCUCUCUAUCCCCCCUGAUGAGAAGAGAAGCAGCCUGUGCUGAACAAGAUGUGCUGCUGCCUGCCUCUGUCCAGGUCUGUCUGUCAGGCUUUAUAUCCCCUCCUGGCUGGAGGUAAGGGAGAACAUGUGGCCACCGGGACUCACAGAAUGUAGCUGUAAAAUGUAUAUGUUUUAUAUACACUGCUCAAAAAAAUAAAGGGAACACUAAAAUAACACAUCCUAGAUCUGAAUGAAUGAAAUAAUCUUAUGAAAUACUUUUUUCUUUACAUAGUUGAAUGUGCUGACAACAAAAUCACACAAAAAUUAUCAAUGGAAAUCAAAUGAAUCAACCCAUGGAGGUCUGGAUUUGGAGUCAACCUUAAAAUUUAAGUGGAAAACCACACUACAGGCUGAUCCAACUUUGAUGUAAUGUCCUUAAAACAAGUCAAAAUGAGGCCUCCACGUGCCUGUAUGACCUCCCUACAACGCCUGGGCAUGCUCCUGAUGAGGUGGCGGAUGGUCUCCUGAGGGAUCUCCUCCCAGACCUGGACUAAAGCAUCCGCCAACUCCUGUACAGUCUGUGGUGCAACAUGGCGUUGGUGGAUGGAGCGAGACAUGAUGUCCCAGAUGUGCUCAAUUGGAUUCAGGUCUGGGGAACGGGCGGGCCAGUCCAUAGCAUCAAUGCCUUCCUCUUGCAGGAACUGCUGACACACUCCAGCCACAUGAGGUCUAGCAUUGUCUUGCAUUAGGAGGAACCCAGGGCCAACCGCACCAGCAUAUGGUCUCACAAGGGGUCUGAGGAUCUCAUUACAUUUACAUUACAUUUUAGUCAUUUAGCAGACGCUCUUAUCCAGAGCGACUUACAGGAGCAAUUAGGGUUAAGUGCCUUGCUCAAGGGCACAUUAACGUCAUUUAGCAGACGCUCUUAGCCAGAGCGACUCACAAAUUGGUGCGUUCACCCUAUAGCCAGUGGGAUAACCACUUUACAAUUGGGGGGGGGGUAGAAGGAUUCCUUUAUCCUAUCCCAGGUAUUCCUUAAAGAGGUGGGGUUUCAAAUGUCUCCGGAAGGUGGUGAGUGACUCCGCUGUCCUGGCGUCGUGAGGGAGCUUGUUCCACCAUUGGGGUGCCAGAGCAGCGAACAGUUUUGACUGGGCUGAGCGGGAACUAUGCUUCCGCAGAGGAAGGGGAGCCAGCAGGCCAGAGGUGGAUGAGCGCAAUGCCCUCAUUUGGGUGUAGGGACUGAUCAGAGCCUGAAGGUACAGAGGUGCCGUUCCCCUCACUGCUCCAUAGGCAAGCACCAUGGUCUUGUAGCGGAUGCGAGCUUCAACUGGAAGCCAGUGGAGUGUGCGGAGGAGGGGGGGUGACGUGAGAGAACUUGGGAAGGUUGAACACCAGACGGGCUGCGGCAUUCUGGAUGAGUUGUAGGGGUUUAAUGGCACAGGCAGGGAGGCCAGCCAACAGCGAGUUGCAGUAGUCCAGACGGGAGAUGACAAGUGCCUGGAUUAGGACCUGUGCCGCUUCCUGUGUAAGGCAGGGUCGUACUCUCCGAAUGUUGUAGAGCAUGAACCUGCAGGAGCGGGUCACCGCCUUGAUGUUGGCGGAGAACGACAGGGUGUUGUCCAGGGUCACGCCUAGGCUCUUCGCACUCUGGGAGGAGGACACAGCGGAGUUGUCAACCGUGAUGGCGAGAUCAUGGAACGGGCAGUCCUUCCCCGGGAGGAAGAGCAGCUCCGUCUUGCCAGGGUUCAGCUUGAGGUGGUGAUCCGUCAUCCAUACUGAUAUGUCUGCCAGACAUGCAGAGAUGCGAUUCGCCACCUGGUUAUCAGAAGGGGGAAAGGAGAAGAUUAGUUGUGUAUCGUCAGCGUAGCAAUGAUAGGAGAGACCAUGUGAGGAUAUGACAGAGCCAAGUGACUUGGUGUAUAGGGAGAAAAGGAGAGGGCCUAGAACUGAGCCUUGGGGGACACCAGUGGUGAGAACACGUGGUGCGGAGACAGCUUCUCGCCACGCCACUUGGUAGGAGCGACCGGUCAGGUAGGACGCAAUCCAGGAGUGAGCCGCGCCGGAGAUGCCCAGCUCGGAGAGGGUGGAGAGGAGGAUCUGAUGGUUCACAGUAUCAAAGGCAGCAGACAGGUCUAGAAGGACAAGAGCAGAGGAGAGAGAGUUAGCUUUAGCAGUGCGGAGAGUCUCCGUGACACAGAGAAGAGCAGUCUCAGUUGAAUGACCAGUCCUGAAACCUGAUUGGUUUGGAUCAAGAAGGUCAUUCUGAGAGAGAUAGCAAGAGAGUUGGCUAAAGACAGCACGCUCAAUAGUUUUGGAAAGAAAAGAAAGAAGGGAUACUGGUCUGUAGUUGUUGACAUCAGUGGGGUCGAGUGUUGGUUUCUUGAGAAGGGGAGCAACUCUCGCUCUCUUGAAGACAGAAGGGACAUGGCCAGCGGUCAAGGAUGAGUUGAUCAGCGAGGUGAGGUAGGGGAGAAGGUCACCGGAGAUGGUCUGGAGAAGGGAGGAGGGGAUGGGGUCAAGCGGGCAGGUUGUUGGGCGGCCUGCAGUCACAAGUCGCAGGAUUUUAUCUGGAGAGAGAGGGGAGAAAGAAGUCAACGCAUAGGGUAGGGCAGUGUGAGCAGGACCAGCAGUGUCAUUAGACUUAACAAACGAGGAUCGGAUGUCGUCAACCUUCUUUUCAAAGUGGUUGACGAAGUCAUCCACAGAGAGAGAGGAGGGGGGGGGGGGGGGGGGGGGGUUCAGGAGGGAGGAAAAUGUGGCAAAGAGCUUCCUAGGGUUAGAGGCAGAUGCUUGGAAUUUAGAGUGGUAGAAGGUGGCCUUAGCAGCAGAAACAGAUGAAGAAAAUGUAGAGAGGAGGGAGUGAAAAGAUGCCAGGUCGGCAGGGAGUUUAGUUUUCUUCCAUUUCCGCUCCGCUGCCCGGAGCUCUGUUCUGUGAGCUCGCAGUGAGUCAUCAAGCCACGGAGCUGGAGGGGAGGACCGAGCCGGCCGGGAGGAUAGGGGACACAGAGAGUCAAAGGAUGCAGAAAGGGAGGAGAGGAGGGUUGAGGAGGCAGAAUCAGGAGAUUGGAGGGAGAAGGAUUGAGCAGAGGGAAGAGAUGAUAGGAUGGAAGAGGAGAGAGUAGUGGGAGAGAGAGAGCAAAGGUUGCGGCGGUGCAUUACCAUCUGUGUAGGGGCAGAGUGAGUAGUGUGGGAGGAGAGCGAGAGAGAAAAGGAAACAAAGUAGUGGUCGGAGACAUGGAGGUACCUAAUCUCAUCUCGGUACCUAAUGGCAGUCAGGCUACCUCUGGCGAGCACAUGGAGGGCUGUGCGGCCCCCCAAAGAAAUGCCACCCCACACCAUGACUGACCCACCGCCAAACCGGUCAUGCUGGAGGAUGUUGCAGGCAGCAGAACGUUCUCCACGGCGUCUCCAGACUCUGUCACGUCUGUCACAUGUGCUCAGUGUGAACCUGCUUUCAUCUGUGAAGAGCACAGGGCGCCAGUGGCAAAUUUGCCAAUCUUGGUGUUCUCUGGCAAAUGCCAAACGUCCUGCACGGUGUUGGGCUGUAAGCACAACCCCCACCUGUGGACGUCGGGCCCUCAUACCACCCUCAUGGAGUCUGUUUCUGACCGUUUGAGCAGACACAUGCACAUUUGUGGCCUGCUGGAGGUCAUUUUGCAGGGCUCUGGCAGUGCUCCUCCUGCUCCUCCUUGCACAAAGACUGAGGUAGCAGUCCUGCUGCUGGGUUGUUGCGCUCUUACGGCCUCCUCAUGUACUGGCCUGUCUCCUGGUAGCGCCUCCAUGCUCUGGACACUACGCUGACAGACACAGCAAACCUUCUUGCCACAGCUCGCAUUGAUGUGCCAUCCUGGAUGAGCUGCACUACCUGAGCCACUUGUGUGGGUUGUAGACUCCGUCUCAUGCUACCACUAGAGUGAAAGCACCGCCAGCAUUCAAAAGUGACCAAAACAUCAGCCAGGAAGCAUAGGAACUGAGAAGUGGUCUGUGGUCACCACCUGCCAGUCCUUUAUUGGGUGUGUCUUGCUAAUUGCCUAUAAUUUCCACCUGUUGUCUAUUCCAUUUGCACAACAGCAUGUGAAAUUUAUUGCCAAUCAGUGUUGCUUCCUAAGUGGACAGUUUGAUUUCACAGAAGUGUGAUUGACUUGGAGUUACAUUGUGUUGUUUAAGUGUUCCCUUUAUUUUUUUGAGCAGUGUAUAUGCUUUAUCUGUUCUUGAAGCACUAGUAGUCAGAGGCAGAGAUUGAAGGAAAUGGCCUGAGUUUUUCUUCUUCUCAGCAGGAACAGGCUGGGCUGUUGCUAAACAGGAUAUAGGCUGCCUUUAAAGAGACCAAAGGAAAUGAAAUAACCAGUUUAGGAGAAUAUGAAUCAGCUGGUUUUCUGUGGCGAAACGCGGCGUGCAAUGCCCAGCCGCAUAUAGACGGCCCCAUUUACAUGAUGGGUCACACACUACACAAGCACAGAUCUGAAUAAUCUUUUGAAAACGUCUUUACUUUCGGGAGAUUUGCAAUAUUACAUGUUCUUGGGUUUUCCCUCAGCUGGAGAAAAGCAAACCCAAUGAGUAUGGAAAUAAAUGUGCCAAGUGAAGCGAUGAACAAGGAGGCGCAUCAGAGAAUGCACCUGGGAUAGUGUAGCGUUUGAAGCUGCCGUCGACUCGCUGCACUUAUUUAUUCCAUAUGUUAAAAGGUAGGAUUAUUACUCUCUCUAUAUCGGUAAUGGCCCGUGUAAUAACCGUGUUGUCUGUCAUUCAUGUGAUGUUACUGUACUGGACACCUGCUUUGUGGCUAGCGGGGGAGACGGGCCGCCCGUUCUGAAUCAUUUGUGAUCCUCCUGUAGUCAUGUCUCGCCGUGGAUGGAACGCGCCCGCCAUUCUAGAAUGUCUCAGGAUAAAGUGGCCCUCCUGUCUACAGUAAAAGCCAGGGACAAAUAGGAGCAGCGUUCUGUGUCCAUGCCACCCCAGCAAAUACAUAACACUGGCCACCAGCUGGGAGCCCUGGUUUUCAAACAGCAGCCAUUUUAUCAAGCUUCACAAUGCUGUUUGGGUGGUAUUUAUUCAUGCUCCGGAAGGGUCCACUCCAUUUGUAGGGGGAAUGGCCCCUGUCUGGGACUGGAGGUGGAUAGUUUGCUCACCUGUCUGCUGUUCUUAUCAUUGUCCUCCAGGCCAUUGAGACCAGUCUGAUGAGGAAGUCCAGCGGUGGACUGACGUACAUCGCUGAGUGGAAGGGUGGCCUGCUGGAGCACAAGAUGGGUCACCUGACGUGCUUCGCCGGAGGCAUGAUUGCCCUGGGGGCCGAUGGAGCUCCCGAGGACAAGACGGGUCACCAGAUGGAGCAGGCCGCAGAGAUCGCCCGCACCUGCCAUGAGUCCUACGCCCGCACCAGUGAGUCUGACUGACCCCCUCAUCUGGGGCAAAUCAGUGGCCCUGUCUCCCUCUACAGCAGGGGUAGGCUAAUAAACUCUUCCUCCCAGGUGAGGUGGUAUUAGUUCUGAAGCCCAGACAAAAGGAGGUGUGGGACUCAACAACAGCACACACUUUCUCACACACACACCCCACACACUCCUCUUCAGAGCAAGCCAGUGUGAAAUGAAAGAUCAAUGAGCGUUGAGCCUGGUUUCUCUCUGAGGCCAGGGGGGCUGCUGGGUAGGUAGAGCGUAGUGUCAGCCAGGUUAAAAUAUUUUGUUAUUUUGUAGAUAUUUUUGUUGUGCUCAUCACCUUCUCCUAGACCUGGUUUGGGGUUUUUCAUUAUGAUGUCUUCUUCCUUGGUUCCACUCUUCCAGCCCUGAAGCUGGGCCCGGAGGGGUUCAGGUUUGACGGCGGCGUGGAGGCCAUCGCUACACGGCAGAACGAGAAGUACUUCAUCCUGAGGCCAGAGGUCAUCGAGACCUACAUGUACAUGUGGAGGUUCACCCACGAUCCCAAGUACAGGGAGUGGGGCUGGGAGGCUGUGCAGGUGAGAACUAUAGUACCCAUCAUCCUUCAGAAUUAUCCCACCACAGUCCUUUCUGUCAUGUUUGUGUCACCAUGUCCCCUCAUAGGCUCCACUGAGAAGAGACUCUUCCUCUUAGAUCAUUGACAGUGAAAAGGGUUCUGUAUGCCAAUAGACCCCUGUUCACUGUGAUUUGUAGACUCAUUCAGGUCUAUGCACCGCUAGUUUUGAGCACAGUAGUCUCCAAAACCUCUGAGACACUUCCUUCCUCACCACACUCUCUCUCUCUCUGUCUCUGAUGUAUCAUUGCCAUGCUGCAACAGAUCAGAACAGAACAGUGGCGAUGUUGAAUGCUGAUUGCUCAGAUCCCAGAACCAUGCAGUUGUAUCCACUAAUGACAUGAGAUUACCUCUGAUGGGCCUUGUGUUAGCCAUAAAUAUGAUCUGGAGCCUGCCUGCCUCUCUGCCUGCCUGCAGAUACCUCCUCCUCCCUCCUCCCGCCCUCAACCCUUGUUCAGCCAGAGUGGAUGUGUGAACGCUGCAGCCCCAGCUCCAUCCUCCUCAGGCCCAUUUUCUCCCCUAGUCAUUGUGCCUAAUGCAGCCUCCUCUCCUCUCCUCUUCCCCCCACCCACAGGCAGAGCAGCCACGCUGAAGGGAAAUAUGCUGGCUCAACAACAAGCUAGCACCGUGCAUACAUCUACAACACCCUGCCAUAAGAAACCGUCAACUUUUUCAACCUACGUUCUCGCUCUCUCACCUUUUCUCUCCCUCUUCUUGCUCUCUAUUUUCUGUUCUCUCACUCUCUCUCUCUUUUUUUCUCUAUCUCACUCUCUCUCUUUCUCUCUCUCUCUCUCUUUCCAUCUCUCUCAGGCUCUGGAGAAGCACUGUCGUGUGGAGGGGGGCUACAGUGGAGUGAGGGACGUCUACGCCUCCAGCCCCAACCAUGACGACGUCCAGCAGAGCUUCUACCUGGCAGAAACACUCAAGUAAGACCCUAACACACACACACAUUGUCAUCUUACUCUGCUUAGAGCCAUCUGGAGACAUAGCAUUGACAGUUUGGCCUUGCCAUUAGAGAGGAAUAAAAAUCGAUCUUGUCAGAAAAUCUAUCAGGUUUUUUGGCAUCCUUGUAAUCAUACGUCCUCCCCCCAGAACCUUUUCCUUGAAUAACUAUAGUAUUGGAUUUGUUUGACAAUAUAAUGGAUACGUAAGUUUAGAAGUAAUUGUCCUCCCUAUAAGGCCAUUAUUCUCUCCUGGACAGAUCUACGUAAACAUAACUGGUACUGUAGAAUCUGUUGGGACGAAAUGGGAUGCAUGGGAUAAAGAGAAGCAGUAGUUCAGGUGUUUGGGUUUUUCUUCACUGGGUAUUUGGACGAAUCAUGAUUUCGCAGGUGUUCGCAUCUUUCGAAUUUCAGAAGGGGAGGGGACAUUCGGCCCGUAACUUGCUAAGAGAGAGGUUAGAGCUCCUCGUUCCGGUUCCGCUCCUCGUUUUAGCAUCUCUUCAUCUCUUCUCUUAAUGGGCAAUAUUUCCACUUUUCAACGUCAUAUUCAUGAUCUCCAGCACCAAACCAGUGUCUACAUAUGUGACCGACCAGCUGGAUUCGGUCUUAUAUAGCAAAAUUUGAAAUAUUUUUUUUUUACAUUGGAUAAAAGUAGAGACUCAGAGCUAGAAAUAGUAUAUCAUACACUACAGUUGAGGAACAAUAAUAAAGUAAUUCUGCUUUGAAAGUUGAUAAACUUGUAACCCCACUUUUGAAAAAAUGGCCCUUUAAUGUUUUGGUACACCUACUGGAGAGCUCUUCUUUGUCUACACCCAUUCAGCGGCGUUCACACCUCUUAAGCCUUAGCCCCACCCAUCUCUUUAAGGAUUCACAUGUGAGGCCAUGUGCUAAACAAAGUGAGUAUGGUAGUGUAAACAACCAAAGAUUUCAAGACUAAAGGCUGGUUUAUGUCUAUCUACGUCUAUCAGUUGUCGCAGUGACAUCAUUAACAUUCUAUUGUCGUCCGACAUCAAACUUGUCGUUAUGAAAAAGUAUAAACACAAAAACGGCAGGCUGGUGGUCCAAAAUAGCAUAACUAGUUUAUUUUAACAGCAAUAAACUCAUCCGUUUAAAAAUUAAUUUAGUAUAUGUCUAUCUAGCAAAACAGGCAACUAAAAGCUUGUUAGCUAGCUAGCUAACCAGUUCAAAUAAUGACCGUAUCAUAUAGCUGACAACGUCUUUACUUUAGCUAAUUUGUAUUAAUUAUUACAGGAAAAUAAACUCACAACAAGAUCCUUAUUUACAAGUUAAUGACAAGCUAGUUACAGAAUAUAGCUUACGGUUGUGAGUGUGAAGAAAUGAAAGCAGGGCAUUCUACCUGAGAAUUUUAGAACUUGGACACUGUCUUGUUGGACUAACGUUAUAUCCUAAUUUGACUUUGGUGCAGGUCAUGUUGUUCUUCACAUGGUAAACACACACUAUAUCAAAUAAAAUCUAAGUUUAUUUGUCACAUGCACAGGAUACAGAAGUUGUAAACUGUGUAAAUCUGUAGCUAAAGCUAACCAACUAGGUUCAAUGUUAGCUAGUUAGCAAACAUUGGGCUAUAACUAGCAAUGCAAAUGGCUCUGAGAUACGAAUAUUACUACACAGAUCAUACACGUAAUGUUGGCUAGCGAGCCAGCCAGCUAACGUUAGCUAGCUAUUUAACAGUACUGUUUAACUUGCAAUGAUAAUGACUUUCUGAGAAAAUUAGAAACGUAUAAUAUCUGAAAACGUAGCUAGCUAGACUCUUACCCGUAUACAUAGAUGAACACUUUUCCCUCUCUGUCACGGAUGCCAUGGUUGCCCUUAGUUUGAAGAUGUAAUCCAGAGACAGGUGUUUUAUACAACAGCCUUCUGUGUGUUCUGUUUUCGACGCCCUCCUCAUAUUUGUAAUCAAACGCCAGAAUUUUCUCAAUUUCCUUAGCGAUCAUACUCUGCAUCAACCGGGCAUGAUUUCAAAACUCAGUCCUCCAGAAAGUGUAGAGCAUUAGCAACAUUUUUGCAGUUCUUCGUGAGAUUGUUCAAAAAAGCUGCGUUAAAAAAAGAUGACCUACACAUACUGAGUAGCUCAUGUAUAGACAGAAACGCGCUACAUGGCAGACCAAUCCAAACUCAUUUCUCUGCAUGUCCAGCCCACCCAUUAUCUCAGCCAAUCAUGGCUAGCGGGAAGGUUCCUCUCUUUGUCCGUGGCUAAACCAACUAGGCUCGUAAUUUUACAAUUUUAUUCAUAUUUACAGAUGACAUACAAGUUUGUUAUUAAGGCACAUGAAAGUUCACAUGUUCCAGAAAUGGCAAAAAACGCAUUUUGAUAAACAAAAUAAUGUUUACGUUCAAAUGGCUCUCCUGUGAACUAGUGACGCAUGACAUACGCCUAGUUUCCUGAAACGAGUCACGUGAAAACGGCGUGUUUCUUUCUUUCUUUUAUUGUUUUAUCUUUAUAUUUGUUUCUACAAAACAUAGAAAUGCGCCAUUUUCACAUAUGCUGACACUGGCAUUGUGCUAGAGAUAAUGAAAAUUAGGUUGAAAAAGUGGUGGAGUUGCCCUUUAACACGUAUGGACCCAGAACUUAAUCAAAAAGCUGACCAAUUACAUGAGACUUUAGUUCUGGGUUAACCGAGAUUACAAGGCCAUAUAGAACAUUGUGUGUAUUCAGGCAAUGUUUGCCUGGUAAAGAGAGUCAACACCUACAUUUUGUUUCAUGACACCAUGACAUCAUAAACCUGCUCUAGUAUUUCAUCACACCCUAAAAAACAGACACGUCUCUGUGUUUUGUGUUCUCUGACAGCUUCCUGACAUUCAGUUUGUUUGAACACUUCAAAACAGAUCAGAAGUAGAAUGAUGUCUUUCCCCCACUGAGUACUCACUCCACCUCUGUCUGUGCUGUGCCUGCUGGCCUCUGAGGAGAAAUAACUGACGUCCUGUGUGUAUUGUCUUGUCACGGCCGGCUCAGACAGACCUAGCACAGUGUGCUGUGGACUACAGGGACCUCAGCAGUCUUCUCAGAGAUAGCACACACAGAGACAGAUAAGAGGAGGCAGGCAGGCAGACUGCUUUUACUGAGCCCUUAUACCCUCGCUCUCUGAAACUCUCUCUCUCCCUUUCUCUCGCUCUCUCCUCCUCUUUCACUAUUGAUAACAGCACAAUGCCUGGGCGGUUAGAUGGACCAUAGAAUGUGGGUCUAGUGAGAUAGGCUCAUUGUAACGUAUCUCUUACUGGCGUAUAUAGAUGGGUCUCUCUGUCUAUUGUCCAGUCUAAUCCUGGUCUUGGAGAGAUUUAACCCCCCUCUCUAUGGUUACUAUGGCGUAUCAGUGGUGUUGUCUUGCUCCCCUCCUGUGGGAGCCUUGUCAAAGCACUCUGGUGUGACCUUUAUAAAGAGGUCAAAAGGCUCUUUGUCCCUGGUCUGUGUCCCCACACUGCUCUGCUCUGGGGGCUAGGGGCUGUAUUCACAGCCACGUCAUGGUGACUCAGUCCGAUAACACCAAGCUGCACGCAGGAGAGAGGGAGAAAAGGAAAUGGAAAGAGAGGUAGGAAGAUGGAGAGAGAGAGAGAGAGAGAGAUGGAAAGAAGUGGGGACCUGGGGGAGACAGGAAAAAAAUAUAGGUUCAAGGUUGGGAGAGAAAGUGUCCGAGAGGGGUAAGUGAGGAAGUCUUGCUGUAACAGUUAACAACCACAGCAGCAACCAUAACAAAUACGUGCCUGUUUCUCUCCUGUGCAGUAAAUAACUCUGUGGCACUUUGAUUUUGGUGUUAUUUGGAUUUUUUACCCAAACCCCCAAACACCUCAGCUAAUCUGCCUCUCUGACUUAUGCUUAUAUGAAAUGUUGUGCGAGUCCCACCACCUAAUAGAGCCUUUCAAACUUCUCUAGCAUUUCAUUUAAUGGUGUUGGAAAGUGCUGCAAUUUGGCGAAUAGGGUCUCUCCAAAUGCCAGGCCUCCCCAAAUGCCUCGUUUACUAAUGCUUGCGAAAUCCAUCUUUUAGGCUCUGGCUCUCUCUUUCUCCCUUCUUUCUUCCUCUCCCUCUCUUUACCUAUUCCUCUCUCGCCCUGUCUCUUCCUGUCUCCCCUCCCCUCUCUCUCCUCCCUCUCCCCAUCUCUCUCAGCCUCUUGGCCAGGGUCCUCCUCCCUUUGAGUGAGGUCACAUUAGCAGUAAUGACUCCAUGUAAAGCUGUCUGUUUGGCUGUUUGCUUUGCUGUAGUAGUCUCCUCCCGUUCCUUCCCAGGGAGGUGGGCUGUGCUGUGGGCUUGGUAAUGCGCGUGGUCGACUGCAUUAACAAGCUCUGCCAGAUCAAAAGCUAAACGCGAAGCGGCCCACAGCUCUCUCGCAUGUUCUCCUUGUUCCCAGUUUUAGGAGACGUAACAGCAUUCCUAGUGUAGUAAAAUGAGGUUUUGAGUUCUGAGAAUCACUUGGGUUCUGAGAAAGCUGGGGGCUGGUGGGAGGGGAAUUUGACUGUUGACUAACAGUGUGUCAUUAGUGACUGUGAUGCACUCAAUGUUCCUGCCCCUUGCUGUGCCUUGGGCUGGUUAGUCUGGUCUGGUUUAACUGUUCUAGUCAGCAACUGGUUAGCCUGGUCUUGUUUAACUGUUCUAGUCAGCAACUGGUUAGUCUGGUCUGGUUUAACUGUUCUAGUCAGCAACUGGUUAGCCUGGUCUUGUUUAACUGUUCUAGUCAGCAACUGGUUAGUCUGGUCUUGUUUAACUGUUCUAGUCAGCAACUGGUUAGUCUGGUCUUGUUUAACUGUUCUAGUCAGCAACUGGUUAGUCUGGUCUUGUUUAACUGUUCUAGUCAGCAACUGGUUAGUCUGGUCUUGUUUAACUGUUCUAGUCAGCAACUGGUUAGUCUGGUCUUGUUUAACUGUUCUAGUCAGCAACUGGUUAGUCUGGUCUUGUUUAACUGUUCUAGUCAGCAACUGGUUAGUCUGGUCUGGUUUAACUGUUCUAGUCAGCAACUGGUUAGUCUGGUCUGGUUUAACUGUUCUAGUCAGCAAUGGGAGGUGGACAGACUAAACAGCAGUGAUGGAGAGAGAGACAGACAGUCAGUUCCUGCCCGGAGCUGUGCCCUGUUCUGGUUUAGUCUGCCUGUUAUCUUAAUGUACGGUCAGCAAAGAAAGUUUGAUGGAAUGAGAGUCAGUCAUAGUGGGAGUCUGGGAGAGAGGGAGAGAUGACUGAGAGCACCACUGUAGGAUGUUAGGAGGAGGGCAUGGACUCUCUACCACCCUUGUCCUUUAUUAAUCAUUCCUCUCUGUUGGCGUCUGGAGCCACCACCUGUCUCUCUAACUCUCCUCUCUCUCUGCUUUAGUGCUAAGCAAUUAACCGGAUUGGCCUAUAUUAUACAUAGUUUAGCGCAUAAAACAUGGUAAUUAACUACAAUGACCAUAAUCCAUUGCACAUCUACUUGUCAGGUCUCUUGUUUCUUUUAUGUCCACUACGGAAGAGGCAGAAGAAUGUGCGAUCUUGAAGGGAUAUAGGGAGCAGCUGUUGCUUCACAAGGUAUCUCUACCUGAAAAUACAUCAAAGUGAUUGAUAGUUGGUAUUCAGCAGUCAUAAAAGUAUGCCUUAUUUACUUUGAAGAACUACAAAAUAGUGAGUUUGUCAGACAGCAUAGGCAGCAGCUCUAUAGAGAUGAGAUGAUGACUUGGAAUGAAAUAAUAAAGUCAUCAAAUAAAACAAAUGUAAUAUACACAACAACUGAAAUAUUUUAUUAAAGUAAUGUAAAUAAAUGAUGGUUAAUAAGUGAUAAGCAGUAAUGGGCAGUCACUACCAUCAUGGGACUUUUAUUAAUUGUUUUAUUCUAUGUUUUUACAGCAUUCAACCCAAAUAAUUGAAAUUGAAAACCGUAAUUACUUUUUUAAUAAUCGAACCGAAACAGAACAGAUCUCAAAAAUCACUAAUCGCCCAGACUACUCUGCUUCUGCUUCUCCCUCUCCCUCUCCCUCUGGAAAUGGAGGGCGGGUGUGGCGUCAUCCAACCCCUGUCCAUUUUAUAGUCUGUAAAUUUUAACGAGUGUCACCUCUGCACCUGAUUUAAGGACUUUUAAGGUAUAGGCCUACCUGCACUCCUCCAACUGCUGCUGCUGGGCUCAACCUUUCAUUUGCGACUGGUUCACUCGCAAAAACUUCACGCCGAGCUUAAUAGCUUUUGGCAGGCGGCAGGAUUUUUUAAUUUAUUCAUUAUUCUACAUUGUUGGCUUGGCUCAUCCCAAGCUUGGCAGAGAAAAUAUUGGCAUGGGAGAGUUGCUGAGCUGUUUGUUCCCUGAGUUGGUUUUGGGCCCACCGUCCUCUCUGACACUCUCAGACAUCUAGUAGAUGUUCUCUCAGACUGAUGCACUCAUGGACAACAACUAGGAGUGGAGGUUGUUGAUAUAAAUAUCUGGGAUCUCUUAGGGCCUCAUGUUGAUCAGAAAUGAGUGUUUGAGCUAAAUUGAGUCUCGCUCUCCUUCCCUCAGAUACCUGUUCCUGCUGUUCUCUGAUGACGACCAUCUUCCCUUGGAGCACUGGGUGUUCAACACCGAGGCCCACCCUCUCCCUGUCAUCAAGAAGGAGAUGACAGACACAGACAAGCACAACCAGCUGGAGUAG